GUCGAAAUUACCUCCGCACGGACGUCGCUUCCUUCUUGCCACGUCCCACAGGAUGGGGGAGACACUGCUUGUCAUCAAGAAUCUCGAAUGCCCAAGGACGAAGGGCGACCCGGUCUUCUCUCAUGUCAACUUCGAGGUGAAGGCCGGUGAUAUCGUCGUUAUUCAAGGGAAGAGCGGUGUGGGCAAGUCAACCCUGCUCAAAUGCUUGUCGCACCUCAAUAUCUACAAGGGCGAAAUACUCUAUCGCGGCAAGACACCAAAAUCCUACGGUAUACCUGUGUACCGCACCCGCGUGCUCUAUGUGCCUCAGCGCGCGUCCCUCCUCCCAGGGACUCCUCGCGACUUCAUGGCAGCUAUCUCGAAGUUCGGUUCACACAGCAAGGCGUCCAGAAUGGACAAGGCGGACAACAACACAGCCAAUGGGCUCUCGCACGAAACAAUCGAACUUGCCCAAUCGUGGGGCAUCGACGAAGAACUCUGGGACCGCAACUGGAGCAACCUAAGUGGUGGAGAGAUGCAGCGGAUCGCUCUCGCCAUAGCUAUGGGUAUGAGUACCGCAGAAGUGCUCCUACUCGAUGAACCAACCUCCGCGCUCGACCCUGACACAUCGGCAACUGUCGAAAAUUUCCUGAAGUCUCAAAUUCAGGCAGCAGAUUCGAAACUUAAGGCGCUGGUAUGGGUGACACAUUCUGAGGAACAAGGCAGGAGAGUCGGCAAUAGGUUUAUACGGCUCUCAGCAGGAGGUAUACAGGAAGAAGACGCAGGCGCGGCAGUCUGAUGUCGUUGGUGACCUAUCUACAUUGUAAUUAGCU